CUAUUUCCGGUCCUCUGUCCCGCAGUUGAUUCUGUUACCAGUCCCGUGCCCCGCAGUCGAUUCUAUUUCCUGUCCGUGUGCCCCGCAGUUGAUUCUAUUUCCUGUCGCUGUGCCCCGCAGAGUCUCGUUGUGGCGUAGCGCUGACUGGACUUGAGAACCGAACAUAGGAGCUGCAGCGGUGGGAGACGCUCAACUUCGCACCGGCCGAGAGAGAGAGAGAAAAGGGAGCGCUCCCUGUGACCGUUGCCGUUGAGGCUAAAGCGGAGUGGGGAAAGCGGAGGCUCCGCCGAUGUGUGGCUGGCGGUUGUGGGUGUUGGCGGCGCUGCUGCCGCUGGCGGCCGCGAUGCUGCCCAAGGCCUUGCGAGGCCCCGGCCCCGGCCCCGGCCCCGGCCCGUCCGACUCACACAACCAGACCGGCUCGCCCGCUUCCCUCAGUAACGGCACGGCCACCGCCAUGGACAGUGUGGUGCCCAUCCUGCGCCACUUCCUCACCCUCAGGAACCUGGUGUUGGCGGCGUCUGCCGGGGCCUUCCUCCUCAUCGUGUGCCUCCUCGCCCGGGUGGUCAGGUCUGGAAGAAAAAUCAAGAAAACGAGAAAGUAUGAUAUCAUUACAACUCCAGCAGAAAAGGUGGAAAUGACACCACUCAAUGAAGAUGAUGACGAUGACGAAGAUGCAACAGUGUUUGAUGUAAAAUACAGCAGGUGAAGAUUUGUAUGAAGUGAGUAUGACAUGGACAGCCAAUCACACUGUAUCAACCACCAGCCACAACAAUCUUCUGGAUGAAAACCGGGUUUGACUUAUCAUCUGCAUAUCAGCUUCUUGCAUCUCACUGAUAGCAACAUUUAAAUGAUCUCCAUCCAGUUUAUCGCAAGAGCAAUAUUCCUGUCUGUUUCCUGUGGACAUUUUAGAAAAGCUUUUUUUUUAAAAAACACUAUGAUGUAAUUGUCUUGAAGUGCAUAAUAUUUUAUUUGUAAGUAUGACAUUGUGUGUUUGUCCUUUGUCCAAAGUAGCUUAUUUAUAUUACAAGAUUUGUGGUGAAGUGGAAUGUAGUUUAGCACUUAAGUGGGAUUUCUGGCUGAAGUUCAGUGUUAAAUCUUUUGUUUUAAUUUAACAUGCACACUGGUUGCUUUGUAAAAUGUCUGAUUUCUUAGCGAUCUCUAAAUUGACCUAAUCUUAAGUGUGACCAGGUAUGCAAGCUCAGAUUGAGCCUUUUCUAUAUUGAACUGUGAGCAUUCCUAGCGAUAUUUGAAACCCAAGUUGAGAUAUUCUUGGGUGGUGGAGCAAAUACAUCUAUUAGUUGAUCAUCAGUACAUGUUUGUAGGAAAAUUUAGUUCUUCAUUGUUAACGUAGUCUAAUCAUAAUGAUCAGUGUUUACGUUGGGUAGGACUAAUCCUGAAGGUUAUCUGAGGAAUUUGUGGUACAGUACAUGCAACUUGUUGGUCAAAUACAUUAACUUGGUCGUACAGGACUCUUGCACAUUAAAAAUGUUGGAGCAAAUUCACUGGCUGAGCUGAAGACAGUCACUAAAAUAUGGGUCAAGUGGUAUUGUGCACUGAAGUAGCAUUGGUGAUUUGUUGGCUGUAACAUGCCAGUUCAAGUCUCCACUCCCAGAAUUAUAUCCAAUCAAUGCUAUUCAAACCACAACCAGGUUAAGCUCCCUAUAAGGAAUACAUUUAAUUACUAUUUACACUAGAAACAAUGCUCAACAAAUCUUUCAGUUUUCUUGUAUUGGGCAAACAUCCUUGAAUCUUAACACUUGAAUUUCAGAAACUAGUUUGUGCAAUUAAAAAUAAGUCCCAGUUGAGACUUUCUCGGUGCAGGCAGGUCUCCUUGAAUAUUCUUCACAGAAACGGAGUUCGUACUAGGCUUCGGUAAUGUUUUGUACCAUAAUACUACUGACACAUUCAUACCUAAGUCAAUAACACUACUGAUAAGUUCAUACGUAAAUCAGUACUUGUGCCAGUGCCCUUCAAUAUUCUAUUAUCUUAGUUCACGUUAAUCACCUAAUAUUGGCGUUCUCAUUGACUGACGUGAGCAGUUCCUCAUCCAAAUUUUCACCACUCUCAAAAGUUCUCUGCAAACCCAGUCCAUGAUGAAAAAUGUGAUCUAAUUAUGGACGUAGCACAGCAAUUUCUCUUGUCAAUGACUGUUUAACUGGUAUUUAAUGAAGGGAGGGAAUAGAACUGCAUCUAUGCAGUCAUUCAUUUCAUGCAUUUAUUGUUAAGUUUAAGUAACACCUUGACAAAGUGGACAUAUUCCAUUUGUUACCAGAAGCCAGAAUCUCAACAGAUAACUUGAUUAUCUUGUGAUGAUGUAAUGAGUUUAAUAUAACCAUAGUGAGAAGCUCAAUAUUGCAAAAGUUAAUACAGGUACACAAUCCUUUAGUCAAAAUCCGAAGCUUUUCUCUGUCAAGUUUUCUUCUGUGCAACAAGGUUGUUUGGCAGUUGAACAGGUGACCCAACUCCACGCCCACUUGACCCACAUCACUCAGAUGUGACAUGGCCCAGCACUGGCAGGUGUCAGUUGUGUCUCAGCGCUCAUACUAGUUACACAUGAGUCUGCUGUUCGGUGAGAUUUUUUAAAAUUUCACUGUGAAAAUGUCAUUUAUUCUGAAAUCUGAAACAUUCCAAAUUCCCAAAAACAACUGGCUCCAAGGAUUUCUGAUAAAGGAUCGUGUACCUGUACUUCCUAAUUUACAAAAGUAACUUCAUAUUGAUUGACACAGAGUAAUUGGGAACUUCUCAAACUUUUUUUCCCUUAAAAGCAAUAUAGGAACAUAACAUUAAAAUUUAAGUACUGUCAAACUGAUUUGUAUUAUAAAUAAGAAUGAAAUGAGACCUCAUCUAUACCUGUUGACUGUUGUCUUAAUCCAAAUGUCCUCAAUAUGAACAACGCAGUCAAGAGAAGAAGGGACCUGCAAUGGUCAUGACAAAAUCAGCUGAUUUACCAUUUCUGCAGAAAGAUACACUCCAACCCCCAGCGCCAUCACAAAUUGUACCCUUUCAAGAUUUUGCAAACUAAUCUGUCACAUCUAUUAAAUUGUUCCACUGUCCAUAAGUAAUAAAGCAGAGGAGCUCUACUCUCAGCCAUGGUUGUGCAUCAAUAGAUGGCUGUUAAAUUUGCACUACAAAUGGAGUGCCACUACAUUAUUUGUUUAUAUGAGUAAUGUCACCAAGUACUUGACAUUCUUGUUGCUAUCAAAUGUUUGUGUAGGUCUUUAGAGCGUGAUCCCCACGCUCUAAAGCCUACCAGUGGAAUUAUAUACAGCAUAGCCACUUGGAUUAGAUGCCAAAGCGUGGGGAUGGGAUUAGAGUCUAUGAUGUCCCUCAUACUUGACCAGUCUCCCAAAGUUUCUGGUCUAGGAAAGAUUUGCAAUAUCUUUCACAAUUUUAAGCCAAUGAGGCCCAUUUUACAAACUACUUUUUGGAAAUGUCACUGUUACGUGGACCCGAUGAAUAGCCCCUUUGCUGACAUACUAAAGGAAAAUGGAUGUCCUUAUUCUCAAACAUAAAUCACCACUAUUACUUCAGGAAUAAAAUUUGAGGAAGGGAAAUAGAAAGAGUUUAACCGGUGUGGCUUAAGAGGUGUUUCAAAAUAUCAGGUUUGAUUUAGUUCAUGUUACAAGGAUGGUUUUGACAUGCCCAACAAUCUUGGAAUCUCUCUUAAGUGGUGUCCUGUUCUUCAUAGCUUAUAAAAUUAACUUGAGCUUACAAAUUUGUACUAAUGAGAAGAUGCAAGUGCACAUGUUUACUGUUACCAGUUAUCAGUUACAGAUUAGACAUACUUAAACCAUUUUUAAGUGCCAUUUUUAUACUGCAUAUUGACAAUCAGACUCACUUAGUAAUGAGUAUUGACAUUUUAGUCAAUGGUCUUUUAUACCACUUGUACAGCCAAUGUUCAAAGAAAAUUUGGGAAUGAACAGGAAUUUGUAUUUGAAGCUGUCUAGUUAGUUUAAUUAUGUCAGUUUAUUUGAUUUUAUUGAAACCUUUUUACUCUACUGGUUUAUGUUGACAUUUUUCCUUUUGUAUGAAAAAUAUAAUACCCACAUUUUAAGCCAACUGUAUUCUCGUUUUGGAAAACUGCAGCAUUGGUUUAGACACUCAGAAAAGUUACUUGAACUUGUUUGUAAUGUAAAUUGUAAUAUUUGUAUUGACUACAUUCUUUGAUCUUAAUACCAAAGUGAAACAAGUCCAUCACUGAUUAAUCAGAUGUUCCCUCUUAGUCUUCAUAAAAGCAGCAUUCUUCAGGAAUGAUUCUUUUUUUUUGAGGUUCAAGACAGUGAAUAAUUGGGGCAGUGGGGUGGAACAAAUUUAAAAAGCAAGUUAAGAUUGGAGUAAGAAAGGAAUUCAACUUUAUCACCCAAGGAAUGGCAGAGUUGUGGGAUAAGUUAGAAAGAGGAAUUUUGAAGCAGAAAACCUAUCUGAAUUUGAAAGGAACAAGUGCAUCCCUGUGUCAUUGAUCUCUGAAAAUAGGUCAUGCUUUCUCCAAGCUUUCAGCAACUGUAUUUGAAGCAUGCUUGCACAAACGUAAAACCCUGCCACCCACCCCAACCAUGGUCAAACAGCAUGUCAAAUUGUCUUAAUUGGAAGGAAUGCAUGGCAAUUUUUGGAAUAUUCACAUGCAGUAGGAAUGGUGAUUUUGCACUAAUAUAAGUGGAGUUUGCAUGCACAUCGUUGCACGAGUAGUUGUAGCACUCAAGAUCACAAAUCAAAUUCGCAGUCCUCCUGAAACACAGCCUUCUGAAAUGAUAAAUAGUUCUUGUGUGUUGGCAAGUUGCGACCUUUUAGUGGAACUGAUUAUUUGAUUUAAAUACUUCUAUUACAUCAAUCACAAACAUUUGACUUUCAGGUUUUUAUUUCAUUAAAAUAUUUCAGCAAUUGCACAGUUUUGAUCGCCGCAUGCAGGUGUGUACAGCAAAUUGUAAAUCAUGAUAUUUUGAUGAUAAGUCAAUGAAUUAGUACCAAUGGAGUGUAAAUGCAAAGACACUUUAUGUUAGAGCAGAGCAGCUUUAUCACAAAUGGCUGUUGGGAGUUGUUAAUCACUAUAUUUGAGAUGAGUAUCUAGUUGCCUUUUCAAGAAAGAUAUUAGUAUCUGGGGGAUAAGCAAGAAGUAAAUUCAAGAAAAUUCAUGAAGCAAGGGCAGGAAUUCAUUGCAAGCCAAAGAUCCUGAAGCCACACAGAUAAUUAAAAUUCUGCAAUUAUUUUAAUGUUUUUCCACGCAUGCAAUGACAAGCAAAAUCUUUCAGUUUUCUUUUACUUCAAAUAGGAAGUUUCUGCAAAAAGAUGUUGUCUUAAUUUCAUCCAUGCUGCUUUCAGGCAUUUGGUCAGUAGCUUCUUGUUCUUGUUUUCAAAAAGAAUAUUCCUUUCCUUUAAAUCUUGUAACGAUAGAAAAUUCCAUUAUUGGAAGUAUGCAUUGUUCAUUCUGAAAAUAUGUAACAUCUAUGUGGCCAAUCUUGAAAAGUUUUAGGUUUUUUUUGUAAAUUUCCUGCAUUAGUGAAACUCAGUUGAUUACAGUGGCUCAGGAUAUUAAACUCAGUGACUUUAAAUUUCAAAAUAUUUACUCAGUUUGAAUAUUUAAUAUAUAAUUUUGUGUAAAUCAGGUUUUGGUUAAGGAUAUCAGAAGAACUUGCAUUUUGAGAGUUUUGAGAUCUUCAAUGCCUACUACGUUUUUAGAGCAAAUUUAACAGCUAUGAAGAAUUGUAGAUUCAAUAAUAGUGAUUCCAUCUGUGAGAGUGUCUGCCCCCAGUAUAUAUUCAGGUCUUAUAGAGGGAUUCAAUCAAAACAUGCAAACUCAUAGACAUGCUUUUAAAUUUACAGCCUCCUUGCUUAAAAUGUAGUUAAAACAAAUAAAUGUAUACUGUGGUAGUGUGCCAAUGUACAGAGGAAGGUUGAUGCUCUAAUGAUCCUGUCCUAUUUUUUGGUUAGCCAGGUGUCAAAGUCAGUAAGUCAUCACCAUACUGGUGUACUUAAGCAUUCUCUUAAUUAUUUUUCACCAACUUACAUAUCCCCUUUAAUAAUCUAAGGGCACCUUUUCAACAGCCAUUUCUGGAAAACAAGUUCCACCCACCCUCUGUAUGAAGCUUUUUCUAACCGCCUGUCUUGUUUUAUUGCCUCAAUGUCAGCCUCCGAUAUAGCUUCCCCAUACCUUAUUACUCCUGACCUUGAAGGUAUCCUAUUUGGAUGCCCUUCACCAUCUCAGCUCAAAUGAAAAAAGCACUUGUUUCACAACACCCUUUGUAAUUGUAAUCUUUCAUAUCUAGUUGUAUGGACUUAAAUAAACUGCUUAAGAACACUGAAGAUAAGACCGACUAAAAACUUCUUGAGCUAUUUGGCCUUGCUUUGAAGAAACUGAGCCAGAAUCUGAUUGAGGUGUCCAUGUAAACAGUGGAUGAAGCAUGCAAGCCAUGGCCUCUUGUUUUAAACUGCCAGAACCUAGAAGUAAUAUCAAAAUUCUUCAGCUCCAUUAAUCAGCAAAUGAGAUCUACUUAUGAAUAUGAUAAAUGAGGCAAUAUCUUUGAAAUAAUUUAAGGAACUGUUGGAGGAAACUAGGUUCCCUCCGGCUGGAUAAUUUGAGAUGCGCCAAAUGGUUCUUCAUGUGCAAGAUAGAUACACUGACAAUCCCUUGAAUAGUUGCCAUGCUAAUCAGUGGGAUUGGCUUAUCCAGCUUCAGUCUAAACUUUUGUGCAGGAAAUGAUUAAGACAACUCAAGGCCAAUAGAUACAACUAACCUGACCCAAUCCACUGAGUCGAUUCCCCUUGCAUUUGUGUGUGUCCUGUACACUCCAGUAUCGCAAAAGCCACUUGAGGGUGAUCAGCUGUCUUUCAGUCCAGGCAGCAAGUCACUGGCCCCACAGACUAAUCAUCCAUUGGCAGGUGUAAAACUAACCUCGGAGACAGCCUUAAAGGUAGAAACACUGCAGCCAACGACACAAUCAGGGAAACGUGAACACCAUGUUUAAAACUAUUAAUGUUUGAUACAAAACUACACCCAGUAAGAGAUACAGGAAAAAUUCAGUAUUUUGUAUUUUGGUUUGUUAGUACAGGCUCAGCAUUUUACAAUUGUCUUCAUUUCGAAUAUAGUACUUUUAUGGUGAGUCCCCAAACAGGAUUCUGUAUGAAAAAAUUAAAACUCUUGCAGUUUGAGUAAAUUGCUGCUUUCACUUUGGCUCCUGCUAUUAAUCGUUACAGUAAUUUUUUUUGCUGUGUUUAUGACUUGCUGCAUGAAUUGAUGACAUUGCACAGUUUACAAAAAAAAAGUUUGAAUCAACUUCUCAGUUCAUCUUCCUCCUGAUCUAGCUUUAUCAUUGCAACCACCCAUCAUCAAUCUUCCUUGAACUGCUUAACCGUUCAGUCAACGACCAUUCCAGAGCAGAGAAGUGGUGCUGAAGUUUUUCAUGAAACAUCUGUAUUGGUGGAAAGACUUAUGUUCUUUGCUGCAUAUUUAGAAGUGUUCAAAUAUCAGAAGAUGGGAGCAAGCUAAUUUUGGAGUAGAACCACACAACAUAAAAGUUUGAAUAUAGAAAGUAAAUGGGUGUUGGAAAAUUUCAAUAUUAUCAACCAUAAAUUUGAAGUAGUCAUUAAAGUCCUAUAGGAAUUCAGGAGAAGCUUUCACUUGGAGGUUGGUUCGAGUAUGAAAUUCACUACUAUAUGGAGUGCUUGAAAUAAUUUCCUUAGAUACACUUAUAGAGAAACUAGAUAAUGAGGAGAGAGGAAUAGAAGAAUAUGCUGAAAAGGUUUGAUGAAAGUACACUGUGCAGCACUGACACAGACCUGUUGAGCCAAAUGGACCAUUUCUCUGCUACUAGUACAAUGUAAAUGCAUGGUUUUUUUUUAUUUUGUGUGUAAGUUGAUCUUGAAAAUUGUUAUUCCUGAGGGCAUAAUCUCCAAAGGUAUGGCCUCCCCUUUGCACAUGGAGGCUUUGCAAAUCUUAAAUCGGAGGUAUGGUACCAACCACUGGUGCACAAUUCUGGAGAUCUCUUAUUUGAGUGAGAAUGAUCUGAGACUAUUAGAUCAACCUAAAGCACUUUGCAUCAACAUUAGGUCUUUUUAAGCAUCAUUUACACUUUGUGUGCUUUCAAGACCUUCAUUAAAACUUGUCUGUUACUUGUGCUGACCAAACAUGUAACACCACUCGAGUUAACCAAGUUCCAGUGAGUUAAGGAAUGUUAACUGCAUAGAGAGGUUUCUCAUCACACUUAAUUCUAAUCAAGGGGUUGAAAGACAGGAAUUUAAAUGUUUUGUGCAGAUAGGAAUUAUUUUAAGCUUUUUACAUGGGCGGCAUUCUGUUUGUUAAUUUCAGUUUGCUUAACACACAAGCUCCAUUGUUCUGUUAAAUAUUGUUGGCCAAUUUUGGUUUAUGUUACACUGGAGAAUUGUUAGCUUAAGUAAGCUUCAAUUAUUUUUGUCUUGUAUGGUUCCUGGCAUGUUUUGGGUGGAUUUUUAACAUUACUGUCUAUUUUAAAAUGAUAUAAAGAUAUAGAAAAUAAACUGGAUUAUUAGAAAGCUGUGAUGCUGUUAUCUGGUUUUUAUCAUUAUCACACUACCUUAAUUAUUAAUAAAUCAUUUACGUAUUUA